GUUGCAUGGGACAUGAACAUCAGUUGUAAGUGAUUGUUCCUGCGUAACGCUUCAGUGCUUCCUACAUCCCACUUCCAUUUACAUUUCUUCUGCAGAGUUAAGCCAAGCCAAUCCAAUCGAAAUCACUUUCAUUACAACAAACUCGACAAAAUUAUGUCUCGAUCAAUGCUAGUUCUCCUAAUUGCGUUGGGUGCCACAACAGUCCAAGCAGAAAUGGACUGUAAUUUUGGGACAAGCUCAAACUUCCUGGAAAAGAGCUUGAAUACCUGUCCCGGAAUCCUUGAUAGCAGUGACAAGGCGUUCUGCUGCGUGGGGACAAAUAGUAUUCACUGCUGUGAUGCACAAGAAUUUGCACUGUCAACAGGAGUUAUCGGUGUUGUUGCUAUAAUCAUCGCAGUCGUUGGAACUGUGUCAAUAAUCAUCUUCUGCAUCAGUUGCCUCUGCUGCUCUUGCUGCCCAUGGUACAGAAGGCGUCACCGUGGUACCGUCUACGGAAGACCCCCAAUGGCUUGAAUCCUCACUCCAUCGAGUAUCAACUCAAAAUAAACAUUAAUUCUAUCCAAUAUUUUUUGCUUUCGUACUGUUAUAAUAUAACGAAAAUGACAUUAACUCAUAAUUCUUAAUUGUGAAGUUUGAUUUUUAUAGCUUUGUCAAUACAUUCCGGUAAUAUUAAGAUGCUUUUUCGUAAAUAGAACGAAACAGUCGUUGUCUACGGGUAGAUAAAUGGUCGUUUCAUGUAUUCAUUUGAAGGGUCGUUUUUUCACGAAAAAUAUUCGUGGAAUUCGUAAAGGAGAUAUUUAAUUUGAUAAUUUGAUAAUUAAUGUAGAUAUUAAAUCGAUCUCAAGGUCGUCUUUUCAAUAAUACCUUCAGUUUUCCAUUCAAUUCGCAUAACAUCAAUGUUAUAUUCACUGCUUUUUUUCGUAAAUUAGGCAUUUCAUUGCAUAAUAUUCAAGAGGUCUCAUAGAGGGCAAAAUUUUCGACAAAAACAGCACUCCUACCGCAAACUCAAACUUAAAUUGAAUCAUUGGAAAUCCGAUCAGUUUCUCAAAACGCGCCUAAGCUUCCGCUUUUUAUCAUUUCUCAUUUAUCUUAUACCUCGAUAAUUUCAAGAGAAAAUUUAUCACAAAAAGUAUGAUUCGACAUGUCCUGCGAAGAUAAUUUGUUACCUAGAUAAUUUCACGUUUAACAAAAUGCAACGAAUUCAUUGAUUUCAUUUACGAUUGAUUACGUCGUAUCACUUCAUUACUGAAUUCAUUAGUUGGCGUCUCUUCAAUGGGGAUCAGUGUGUCACGAAGUGCUUGUGUGUCUACGUAAAUGGAUGAAAAAUCAAACACUACGAUUUUCAAUAUACACUGUACAAAAAUGAAAAAAAAACAAAGACAAAAACAAAUCGACACACAAACUAUUGAUAAUAUUAUGUCAAUCUUAGUUAACACAUUAGAGGCCCAAAUGUUACUAUGGAAAAUAAUUAUUCACGUUGAGUAUUUAAGUUAAACAGAAAGAGAGCCAAUAAAAUGGUGAUCAGUACCUCAUUUACCUGGUGCAUCAAUUGUUGUGCACCAGCUUACAACAAUGAAACAUUUCUCUGAAAUAUAUAUUUUUAAAAUAACAAAAUAUUUUUUGUAUGCUCAAUUAUAUAAUCUCAUGAUGACAUGUUUGCUUAAUAAAAAAUAAUUGACAGCAA